CUUCUUACCAACGAAUAAAAACCUAAAGUGACCUUCUGUAGCUUCCGGUUCUCUGUCGCAGUGUUCAUCGGUCGGAUUUGCAAGCAGUCAUGGCAGGUCGUGCAUUUGCAGCCUGGUGGUCUAAAAUGAAGCCGUACUACACGCAAGCUUACCAAGAGGUCUGGGUGGGCAUUGGGAUAAUGACCUACCUGUAUUACAAGGUCUCCUAUGGAGGCAAAAAAGCUGUGAAAGGCAAAUCGGGACACUGAUUUGUGACCUGCUUACAUGCCACCCUGGAUGUCUGUCCCUGGCUUUCAGCAGAAGCCUGGCUGGUGCCAUUAAAACUUUUGUUAUGGUGACACAGUGUUUGAGUCUUACCUUCCCUCAUAUGAAUUUUUUGGUUUUCCCAAAAAUUGGAAGAAUCAAUUUAAAAUACUGUAUUUUUUAUGCUUAGUUCUUGUGUUAUUUAAAUCUAUGCUAGUCUAAAUGAAAUUGAUUACAGUUGUAUAGCUUGUUGAAUGUGUGACCAAUAAAAUGUACCAUUUACUUUG